ACACCCUUCAAACCAGUUCAGUCAUCCCACAGACACUCCUAGGAAAACAAGCCAGCCUUCUUGGGAACAGAACCACAGAGCACAGCAGUACACAUUCUCUCAUCUCUCCCUCGAUGCCUAUCUCUGAUCUCAGGAUGUGGACUCUACUGCUUGGGGUUAUUUUCGGACUUCUGGCACCUGUUCAGUCCGACCCUGUUCCUGCCUCGACAGAACUUCCCGCUCUGGCUGCUGGGGAUUUUCUUGGGGAAACUUUCAAGAUCUUCAAGAAGCUUGUAGUGGGUCCCCCGGAUGCCACCAAUGGAACAUCCAGAAGUGAUGAAACAGUGGACCUAGAUCAUUUGGUGACCCCUGACCCUAUGACAUCUGACCCGGAAGACCAGCUGCCCACCUUUGACCCAGAGGAGGGUAGCACAGAUGAGACAGAGGGCAGCACUACAAGGGGCAGUAUGAAACACCCCACUUCAGGACAAGACGAUGAAGGGGACCUGUUUGACGCCAACCUUAAACCUAGCUUUAACCUCCGCCCCAGUCCAACUCCUCGCCCCAGUCCAACUCCUCGCUCCAGUCAAAGCGACACAGAGGACAAUUAUGAAAAGUACAACUAUGAUUCCAGUCCAAGUGAUAGACCUGAUUCACCAGAGGAAGAUGAAAUUAUCCUGGAUACUGAAAGCCCCACAGCAGAGUUUGUCCCCACAGUAGAGUUUGUCCCCACAGUAGAGUUUGUCCCCACAGCAGAGUUUGUCCCCACAGCAGAGUUUGUCCCCACAGCAGAGUUUGUCCCCACAGUAGAGUUUGUCCCCACAGUAGAGUUUGUCCCCACAGUAGAGUUUGUCCCCACAGUGGAGUUUGUCCCCACAGUAGAGUUUGUCCCCACAGCAGAGUUUGUCCCCACAGCAGAGUUUGUACCCACAGCAGAGUUUGUCCCCACUGCAGAUUUUUUUUUUCCCCACAGCAGAGUUUGAACCCACCACUGAUUUUCCGAUGGAUUUGGAAGAUGUUAACGCAAUCCUUGAUGCCAACCCCAGCCCCAGUCCUUAUCCAACUCAUGACGCUAACCCCAGCACCAGUCCGUAUCCAACUCAUGAUGCUAGCACCACAACAGAGCUAGAGGAGUUGGAGGACGAUAUAUUCAGACCAAACUUUGUCGCCAGCCCUAGUCGUGUACCGGAUCCCAGUCCCAGCCAUAGUCCCAUCUCAGAAUUUGAAGAAGAAGACCUGUUACCUCUUAGCCUUGAUCCAAGCUUUAGUACCACCUCCAGACCUAGCCAAAGUUCGGGGACCAACCAUACACCUAGUUCUAACCUAACCAGUAUGACAGGCUUGGAGGAAGACGGGGCUGCAAAGAUGAAUACAGAGCUGGCCUUCACCUCAACCACCAGUUCUGCCGCACCUACAACAGUCAGGAUGAAUUCAGACAUCGAAGGGUUAGGGUUGGGAUUCCUGCCUCAGAGUAGCACCACAGUAGCAGCCCCUGCUGGCGAGGAGGACCAAACAGACAACUCCCUAGUCGAUAAGCCAUUCAUUGAAACAAAGACAAGAAUUCAAGGCAGCAAUAGGCUUGCUCUACCAAGGGAGGAACCGGCAGUGGAUACCUCUACAGUUCUUCAUGAUGCAGCUGCUGUAAAACCAACCCCAUCCAGACAACAUGAUUCAUAUACAUCGGGUUGGUUGAUCAUUGUUGCCUUCGUCGCGGGCGUGGCGGUGUUGGUCGUAAUCUGUGUCGCCAUAGGUACCAGAGACAGGUGGAAUGCACCGGCCCAGGCAUCUGAGAAGAAGGUCGCCAACGCGAGCUCAGGAGAUGAGAAGGCGGAGCGGGAAAUGGAGAGGUUUCUGUCUAAAGAGAGGCCAAGGGAAAACAUCCACGCUGGAGAGUACACUGUUAUACUUCUGGAGGACCUCCCUGAGAAAGAGCCGCUGGACUGAGACGGGCCAAGGAGAUGCAGAACGGGGACAAAAUAAGAACAACGGACACCUGAGAAAUAGAAUGGAACGGGUCUCCCCAUUCUAGUCAAUGGUGACAUAGUGGGUGGCAUAAUGGGUGGACUCCCCCCCAUUCUUGACACACACAGGAAACUGUUGAGUGUGAAAAACCCAGCAGCGUUGUAGUUCUUGACACAAACGGGUGCA